AUGUACAAGCUGGGCUGGCGGUUAAACAGGCAUUCAAGUUCCUGGCAAAUACUACUGGUCAUCGGAGUUGUUCCCCAGGCACAUCCCACACGCGGGCCGCCCGGAUAUACAAUCUUCCGAAUACCCCGCGCGCCUAGAUCUCUUAUCAUCGACGGUGAUGUUCUGCACCUGACGGGACUACAUUGUACAGCUGCUGAGAACCUAACAUUCGACCUGGUCUAG